AUGCGAAACAAGAGUAUUGGAAGCGAAUGGCAACAGUGUCUUAGCACAGGCUCUUUACCUGAGUUGACAGAUCUUUGCCCUCCAUCGCCAGCGUCAGCAUCGCCUCCAAUAUCAGUGCCACAACGGGAGAGCUCACUCGACUUCGGAACGCCGACGAAUCUCACAAGCUUCUUUUCAUUAGCAGGACCAGUGCUUCAGCAUAAUACUCAUCAUUUCUCCGAUUUCUCGCCUUCGACGAUCAUCCGCACGUAUUCCUCGUCCCAUCUAAAGCCGCCUUUGCACGAUUUUACCUCGAUUCCUCAAACGUUGAACAACCCCUCCUGGACUUUGAUUGAAUAUUACUUCAAAGAGGUAGCCGCUCUGUUCUCUAGCUAUGAUAGUCAGAUGAACCCAUUCCGGUCGACUGUAUCACGUCUCUGGGGCUCCUCUCUGGCCAUGUGCAAGACUAUGCAAAGCAUGGCAGCAGCCACCCUGGUGAACGAUUUUCCAGAAUUCGGCCCCUUGGGACAACGCAUGCGCAACGAAGCGGUGGAGAUAAUUUCCAAGGAGACUACCAUGGACGACAAGUCCCUCCUGGCUCUACUUAUGCUGGGCCAGACCGCCAGUUGGCACGAUUCCAAAGAUUUGGGCGUCUCCUUUUUCAACCUACUUCGGAAGCAUCUGGAUGUCAAGGCCGCCGAAACUCCCAGUCAUAAUCGCGGUAAUAAUCACCAAUUCUUCGAGGAGGCUCUCAUCUACUGGGAGAUGCUUCUGUCGUUUGUCGCGGACGACUCGGCCGUGUUGUCUGGGAAAUCUGCGUCGGAAAUAGGUGAAUCGGUCGUGCUGCAGCGGGUGCCCCAUCCUUGGACAGGGAUCGCCCGCGACACCCAAUUCACCGUGCAAGAAGUAGGAAGAUUAAUUCGUUCAGAGAGGAAGAGAGUUCGCGCUACGAACUUCACCUCUCAGGCGGACAUCGACCGAGCGCAGAUGGCGAUUACCAGGGCUCGCGAGCUGGAAGAAAGGCUGCUUGGCCUCGCUCAUCCCACAGAGGGUGAAAUCGUCAGCCCUGGCGACGACGAGACACCAGUUUGGCAUCUUCUCACCAUGGCUGAGGUGUACCGCUGUACUGGCCUCCUGCAGCUGUAUAGAGUUUUCCCCGAUCUGCUUCGCCGUCGACUUCCUUCCAAUCAGACAUUGUCGUCACAGACAAACCAACAACCAUCCGAUACUGCUCCACGCGAUCCUUUCUUUUCCCUGGACCCCGACCUAAAUCUCGAGAGCAUGGCCUGGUUUUCCGACUCUCCCUUCCCACAACCCGAAAGCAACGUGUCGUCCGAGCAAGCAGCCUCGAGCAUAACCCACUCAGAUUCUUAUUACAGCAGCUGGUUGACCGAAUUCGCACUCACCACUCUGUCCCGCCUUAAGACCAUUCCCCUCGAAUCCCGCACCAGAUGUCUCCAACCAUUUCUGCUCGUCGCAUCAAGUAGCGAACUUCGCCUGCCUCGUGUAACGCCGUCGGAGAUCCCUCUAGACGUAGAUGGGCCCCAUCUCUCGUCGCAUGCCAUCGAGGUUUCUAGGACUCGCCGCUUCGUUCUCGGACGGUUGACCUCCUUCAUGCAUGUCCUGCCUCCGAAGCCGAUCAGCGUCUGCCUUCAACUUGUGCAAGAGGUAUGGAGACGAAUGGAUGCGGGGGACAAUAACGUAUACUGGAUGGAUGUCAUGAUUGAGAAGGGCUGGGAGACGACGAUGGGCUGA